GGCCUCAUGCGGAGGUGGGCGGGGCCUCCUGUGGUGGAAUGUGGCGGCGCGGGCGGCGGCGGCGGCCCAGGUUGGGAGCGGGGCCCGGUGCGAGUGAGGGGUGCUGAUCUCCGGCUGCUCCCCGCUCCUCACAUCCAUCGCUGGCAGCGCCGGGGCGGCUCCCGCUCCACAGGGCCCCGCAGCCAUGUCCACCUUCCGCCAGGAGAGCGUGGAGGAUUUCUAUGAGAUGGGAGAGGAGCUGGGCAGCGGCCAGUUCGCCAUCGUCCGCAAGUGCCGGGAGAGGAAGACGGGCCUGGAAUACGCGGCCAAGUUCAUCAAGAAGCGGCGGCUGUCGUCCAGCCGCAGGGGCGUGAGCCGCGAGGAGAUCGAGCGCGAGGUGGACAUCCUGCGCGAGAUCCAGCACCCCAACAUCAUCACCCUGCACGACAUCUUCGAGAACAAGACCGACGUGGUGCUCAUCCUGGAGCUGGUGUCCGGAGGGGAGCUCUUCGAUUUCCUGGCUGAGAAGGAAUCCCUGACGGAGGAGGAGGCCACCCAGUUCCUCAAGCAGAUCCUGGACGGGGUGCACUACCUGCACUCCAAGCGCAUCGCCCACUUCGACUUGAAGCCAGAGAACAUCAUGCUGCUGGACAAGAACGUGCCAAACCCUCGCAUCAAACUCAUCGACUUCGGGAUUGCCCACAAGAUCGAGGCUGGGAAUGAGUUCAAGAAUAUCUUUGGGACCCCAGAGUUUGUAGCCCCAGAAAUCGUGAACUACGAACCCCUGGGGCUGGAGGCCGACAUGUGGAGCAUCGGGGUCAUCACCUACAUCCUGCUGAGUGGAGCCUCCCCGUUCCUGGGGGAGACGAAGCAGGAGACGCUGACCAACAUCUCUGCUGUCAACUACGACUUCGAUGAGGAAUAUUUCAGCAACACCAGCGAGCUGGCCAAGGACUUCAUCCGCCGCCUGCUCGUCAAGGACCCCAAGAAGCGAAUGACCAUCGCCCAGAGCCUGGAGCACCCCUGGAUUAAGGUGAUCAAGAGGAGGAACGUCCGCAACGAGGACAGCUGCAAGAAGCCCGAGCGGCGCCGGCUGAAGACGACGCGCCUGAAGGAGUACACCAUCAAAUCCCACUCCAGCAUGCCCCCCAACAACACCUACAUCAACUUCGAGCGCUUCUCCAAGGUCAUGGAGGAGGUGGCUGCGGCCGAGGAGAGCCUGCGGGAGCUGGAGAGGAACAAGAAGUCCUUCCAGGAGGACAUCGAGGCGCUGCUGUCCAUCUACGAGGAGAAGGAGUCGUGGUACAAAGAGGAGAACGAGAGCAUCAGCCAGGACCUGCGGCAGAUCCGGCAGGAGCUGCAGAAGACGGAGGCGCUGAAGAAGCAGGCGCAGGAGGAGACCAAGAGCGUGGUGCAGGUGGCCAACGGGCUCAAGCGGCGCUACCGCAAGCUGGAGAACCACUACGAGGCCCUGGCCAAGCAGAUGGCCUCGGAGAUGAAGUUUGUGCAGGAGCUGGUGUGGUCCAUCGAGCGGGAGAAGCUGCAGAGCAGCGAGGGCGACGGCAGCAUCCGCUAACGCGCCGGCCCCGGGGGCUCUGCUGCCCCCCGGACCCCCUGCUCACCCCAGGCAGCGUCCCCGGUGUGCAGGGGGUGCUUGUGCCUCCCUGGAGCCCCCGCCUGUGGGGCUGGGGCUGUGCCACCCUGGGGUUUGGCUUCCUGCGUGCAGCUCCCCGUGCCUGGCUCGUGUCCCCACGCUCCCCAUCGCUGCACUCUGGGCUGUUUGUGCCCUCACCCAGCUCCCUGAGCUGCCCCAGGGGGGCUUGGUGGGCACAGCCCCCCUCUGCACCACAGCAGCCACGCAUGGGCUGGGACCAAGGACUCACUCUGCAGCCCUCAGGUGGCCCCUGUUCCCCCCAGGGUGCUGCAGCCCUUGUCCCCUGUCCCAGCCCUGGCUCCCCCUUUCCCAGAAUAAAGGUUUCUGUGUAGCCUCAGCUCCUGCCGUGGCGGGACGGGGUUGGGAGGGGGAUGAGGAUGUGCCCUGUGGUGACAGCUCUCCCACUGGGCUCCCAGCCCAGAGGGAUUUCCUUAAUAUGGGAGAGGAAAUGCUUUUUUUUCCUAAUGAGACCCAGUGCUGGUGGGGGAACUCGCUGUGGGUGUGGAGGGUGAUGGUUUGUGGGGUGUUCCCAGGUUUGGGGAACACCCAGGUCCCAAAGCACCACGUUCUGGGGAACACCAGAGCAGGGAGGGUUCCCCUGGGAGCACCCAGGGCUUUCUGACUGCCUGUGGCCCCACAGAGCCAGGAUCCAGCUGAAUUUGAUCUGGGGGAAUCACCAGCCAAAUCCCAGUGGAUGGCAGGCAUCCCCCUGGCUGGCCAGGGUGGGGUCACCUCCAGGCCCAGGGAACUUGCUCCAUUUAGGAUUUGUCACUCUGCUGUGGCCCCUGGGGGGAUCAGGGGGGCCGUGCCCCAUGUCCCUGUCCCUGCUGACGUGCCAGCAGGUGUAGGUUUCAUCCCCAUCCGUGGGACACGUGGACCUGCUGAGAAUUUAAUCUGCCUCGGUGUUCCCUGCCAAGGCUCCCAUGGCGUGACUGGGGCUGUCCCAGUGUCCAGCCACGGGCUCCGGCCACGCUGAGGGGACAGCCAGGGGGGCUUGGAGCCCUCAGCCUGCCCCAUCCAGGCCCUGUGUCCUGGGGAGGCUUUGGGCUGUGGGUUUGGAUGGAGCCCCAGCAGCAGAGGGUGAAGGGAUGUAUGGAAAUCCUGCAGUCCCGGCUGCUGCCGAGUCGGGCAGAGUUCACAUAGUGAGAAUCCUUCCUGGAUUCCCUUUGUGCCGAGGGUUUGGGUUUCACACUCCCAAAAGGCUCUUGGAAGUCACUGGUCAUUCACCCCGGCCCUGGAGCAGCAGGGGAUCUCACCCACGUGGAUACACAAAAGGACACCAAAAUAGCUCUAAAAAAGCAGAAUUUGGGGUGUGAUUCAUGAUUUCAUGAUGCCUGUAGGAACUGGUGUAGGGAAUGAACGGGAUGUGCUGCCCAGGGGGAUCCUGGUGCUGUCACCAGGAUGUUCUGCUCCAGUUCCCUCUUUGCACCCCACAACAUUUCCUUCUCUGUGGACAGAGACACCAAAAUGCCUUUUUUAGGCUUCGAUUUCUGCUCCCCCGAGUUUGGCAGGAGAUGGGAGCGAGGGCUUUUCCCUUAUAAGUCUUCACAAACCCCAAACACUUUUGCAGGGCUUAAUCCAAGCCCUGGAGGCCCAGGGAAACACCACAGGAAUCAGGGCUGCAGCCCCUGGGAGCUCAUGGGGAACAUCCCCUGUGGGAAGGAGGGUGCUGGGACACUGCAGGGUGUCCCUGCCCCUGGCACGGUGACAGCACAGUGGGGUGGGUGUCCCCAGGCACGUUCAGUGCUGCUCACCAGGAAAUCUCCCUUUUUAUAGCCUGGGGAAGCCAGCAGGAGCCAGAGCCCUUUCUGGCCAUGGCAUCCCUGCUCAGGACAACUGGGAAAUCAUUGGAGUAGGACAAGGACAAGGAGAUGGAUCCGGCCUCCCCCUCGGUGGGAUUUUGGGUGACUCCUCACUAAUCUGUGGCAGCUGCUUUUCCAGAGUACUGUUUCUAAUUCAGGCCACAAAAUCUUGGGAAGGGACCCCCCCACAGCCAAGGAAUUCCAGCACCUGAGAGCUCCCAGGGUUUGUAUGGACAGGCAGGGAUGGCACUGCCCUCUCCCACGCUGAAACUGGGGUGGUGUUUUAGCUUUAAUGCCUGAAAUGGUUCCUAGGGAAGCACAGUUUUCAUUCCUCAUUCCCUGAGAAAUCACCCCUGUUCACAUCAUGGAUUUAAAUUUACAAACUGAGCCAUCCCCAGCUGGCUGGGGCCUGUGUGAGCACCCAAACCCAACCAGUGACACGUGGAAAGAGCUCUGAAGCCACCCAGGGCUGGAAUUUCAAACGCCCCAGACAAAGGGAUUGUUGUUGUGUUUUGGAUGAGCUUCAUCGCAAUUUUUAUUGCAAUAAAAGCUGAGUGAUGAAUUAGAUCAGCACCUCAAAAGGAGGCUGAAAUGGAUUUUUACUGAAUUGAUGAGGUUACAAACAAGCCUUGCACAAAGCCCUCCUGUCUGCAGGAGCUCUCUUGCUUUCCCAGCACAGCUCUGCUUGUUCUGCUAUAAAAAUGCCGUUUCCAACUUCUCUGUAAGCCAGUGGAAUAUAAAAUAAUUACAAAAAAAACCCCCAACAAGGCAAUCCUGUCCAUGUGGUGGGAAUAAGUUAUCCUCAGUUUUCAAUUAUAUACAGAAGGGACUU